CAUCUUUCUGUGUAGAGAGCAGACAAGUACUGGAGUGUUCAAAUUUCGCAUUAGCCAAAAUCUCUGAAAGAUUUUCAGAUCAAGAUUUAAAAAGUUAGAGAAAACAAGGACGCUUGCAGAAUUCUAAGUAAUCUACAUUCAUCUCAUUUGGCCAUGGCUUUGUCACUUAUCAGCAAUCAGCGUCGACCAAUAAGUCCGCAACGCUGCUUGGCCAGUCUUUUGGGCCCCAGCGACGACCGUAACGUCCAAUGGGACUAGAGCCCCAUGGAAUUUCGUUUCAUGUGCUCCUUCCAUUAACACAAACGCUCUGCAGCUUGUGCAGUCUCAGCUCAGGACAGCAUCAGUAUAUAUAUAAGUGUAGUCGGCACACAACACCAUGGUGCCGCGCCUCUCAAUUUACUUCCAUCGAUCCCCAACCACAUACACAAACACACGAGCUCACAGAUCACCCGGCCCAUACAACGAUGGUGCCCUCCAUCGGAGUUCUGGUUCGCAUCUGUGCUGUGCUCGUCUGCUUGGUCGCUGUGCCACGAGCGCCGGCCGUGGUCCAUGGAGCCACCGCAAGCGGGCUGCUGCGAAUCCCUUCCAACGCCUCCCUGGCGCUGGCGCACUGCCCCUCCCGCUGCGGGGACGUCAAAAUCUCCUACCCUUUCGGGAUAGGACGGGGCUGCUUCCGGCGAGGCUUCGAGCUCACCUGCGACAACACAACUAGCCCUCCCAGGCUCUUAUUAGGAAACAGCACCAUUCAGAUGACUGCUAUAUCUAGAUAUUAUGGCGGCAAUACAGCCUGGGCUUCUCCUUUUGGUUUCAACAUCACCAUGAACCGAGGUAUGGACACCUACAUUAAGACAUGGGAGACCCCUGCUAAGGGUGUCAUGCUCCAUGAAGACAACUCUUUGUACGUUGUGGGCUGCAAUGUUGACGUCUAUCUAUUUAGAGAUAAUACCACCCAUCUCAUCGGUGCUUGCACAAGUACUUGCGCAUACAGCAGAGAGACCAUGAAGCAUUCAGGUGUGGAGGGCUGCCAAGGGAAUAAUGGCUGCUGCAGCAUCUGGGUAUUGCAACAGCCCCUACAUUCCUUUUGGCUCAAACUUGUUCGCCAUGAUGGGGCCGCAGUAGCAGAGACAGAUGGAGUGCUCCCUACUGUUAAGUUUAUUCUAUCAGAGAAUUAUAAAUUCCAAAUAAGUGAUCUUUACUCGAACUGGAUAAAUUCCAGUAAUGUGGAAGAUGUAUGGCUCCGGACUGUCAUCACGGAUCAACCAAGCUGUGAGAGUGGCCGACUGAACAAGGACAGCUAUGCGUGUAACAAUGGAAGCAACUGCGAGGAUCUAGCAUAUGGCGGCUACAGUUGCGUCUGCCCUAGGCAUGGCAACCCUUACCUUGCAAAUGGCUGCAUGAUGGAAGCAGCUUAUAAUCCAAGGCCCAGAGGGACCUGCACGAGAUCAUGUGGAAACAUCACCAUUCCGUUCCCUUUUGGAAUUGAAGAAGGUUGUUUCGCAAACGAGAUCUUUCGACUCAACCAGACAUCAAGUAAUGUCAUUAUUCUUGACCGUCCUCCGUAUGCACAAUACCGUGUGACUGAUAUAUCACUUGAUGGGUUUCUGGCUGUUAGCAACAUGCUAAAUGACACGGGCUCCAACAACAUGGAAAGGAUAAUCGACACUACCGACACAGGAAAUUAUAUUAUGGAUCUCACGGAUGAUAUUUUUGAUUUCUCUCAGGAAGAUGAAAUAAAAAUAAAAUGGGUUGUUGCAAACUUGACUUGUGAACAAGCUAGGCUAAGCGACGCUACAUAUGCGUGCGUCAGUAAGAACAGUUACUGCCUAGAUGUCAAACGAGGGAAAACAUUUGAUGGUUAUCUCUGCAAGUGUUCCGAUGGCUUCCAAGGAAAUCCGUACCUGCAAAACAAUUGUACAGACAUUGAUGAGUGCGCUAUUCCAAAUAAAUGCAAUGGAACAUGCCACAAUUUUGAGGGAGGCUUCAAUUGUACAAGGUGCUCCCAUGGAAAGGUUUAUGAUCCAACAAAACAUAAAUGUGUCAUGUCAGCUAAGCAGCAUAAUCUAAUUCUUGGUAUAGCGAUUGGGCUUGCUUGUGGCCUUGGUUCCAUAAGUCUUGCACUAAGUGCGAUUGUACUCACCCGUAAGUGGAAGAAAGGCAUCCAAAGGAGAAUCCGAAGAGAAUACUUCAAGAAAAAUCAAGGCCUACUUUUGGAGCAAUUAAUCUCGAAUGAAAACACUACGAACAAAACAAAGAUCUUCUCCUUGGAGGAACUAGAGGAGGCAACGAACAACUUUGAUGCUACUCGUGUCCUUGGUUGUGGAGGACAUGGCACAGUGUAUAAAGGGAUUCUAUCAGAUCAGCGUGUGGUGGCUAUAAAAAAAUCCAAAAUAGUGGAGCAAACAGAGAUAGACCAGUUUAUCAAUGAGGUCGCUAUUUUGUCUCAAAUCAUACACCGCAAUGUGGUGAAACUUUUUGGUUGUUGUCUAGAAGAUGAGGUGCCAUUGCUAGUCUAUGAAUUCAUAUCAAAUGGCACACUAUAUGACCUUCUUCACACAGAUACUACAACAAAAUGCUUGUUAUCAUGGGAUGACCGUAUAAGAAUCGCAAUGGAAGCAGCAGGGGCACUUGCUUAUCUACACUCGGCUGCUGCAAUACCAAUUUUCCAUAGAGAUGUGAAGUCUUCCAAUAUACUCUUGGAUGACAACUUCACUGCAAAGGUUUCGGACUUUGGUGCUUCAAGGUCUCUUUCAAUUGAUGAAACUCAUGUGGUUACUAUUGUGCGAGGAACAUUCGGUUACUUGGAUCCAGAGUAUUAUCAUACCGGUGAACUAACUGAGAAGAGUGACGUAUACAGUUUUGGAGUGAUACUUGUGGAGCUUUUGACAAGGAAAAAGCCAAUUUUUAUCAACAAUUUAGGGGUGAAAGAAAGCUUGUCUCAUUUCUUCAUUGAAGGGCUUCAAGAAGGGGCUCUUAUGGAAAUAAUGGAUUCACCUAUCAUCGAUGAAGCAGAUCAAGAAGAGAUUAAUGAUAUUGCCUCACUUGCUGAAGCAUGCUUAAGGUCCAAAGGAGGACAAAGGCCAACUAUGAAAGAAGUAGAGAUGAGGUUGCAGUUCCUGAGAACUAAAAUGCUGAGAAAAGCACAGAAUUCUGGGAAUCUGCAUGCACGUACCAUUGCUGUCAAUGCUGCUCACAUGGCAUCUCAUGGGGUACCCGGGUACAGUUUGGAGCCUGAAUUUGAGUCCUCGAUCUACUUGCCACGCUAAUUAUAUAUAUAUAUAUAUAUA